AUGGCUACAGUAGUACCGGACUUCGCAAGAUGGCUACUCACCAUUCUCGGAGGGCUGGGAGCAACGUACUACUCUUUCAAGACAUUGUCGUUUCUUCGUCUUCAUUUCCUCCGCAGCAGUACUUUGGAUAGGUACAAAACGAAUAGUGACAAAGGCUCUGCCUGGACGCUUGUGACUGGAGCGACUGAUGGAAUUGGACGUGGUUUCGCUGAAGAGUUCGCCGCUCGUGGUUUCAACGUCUUUCUCCACGGUCGAAAUGAGCAGAAGCUCGAGACGCUCAAGAAGAGGCUUCAGGAGGAACAUCCCAACAUUCAAUUCCGCACAUUGAUUCUCGACGCCGGCAAAGAGAUCGAUAACCCGGCUGCAUUUGAGAAGGCCGCAAAGGAGCUCUCGCAAGUAAACCUGAAGGCUCUUGUCAACAAUGUUGGGGGUGCCUCGGGCCUCCUAUCCUUCAUGGCGCUGCACGAACGUCCCUCGGAUCAAAUACGAACUAUUAUGGACAUCAACGCCCGUUUUCCCAUCGAGAUUACUAAAGCAUUGCUACCACAGCUCCGUGCUAACACUCCUGCCCUGAUCCUCAACGUUGGAAGUACGAGCAGUGAAUUCGGAAUCCCGUACUUAUCCAUUUACGCUUCCUGCAAAGCAGCGAAUCGAGCCUGGAGUCGCUCGCUGGCUUCCGAGAUGCAAGCAGAAGGUGUCGAUAUUGAGGUCCCUUGCUUGUGGAUCUCAUCCGUGGCAACGGACAAUGUCCCAAGGUCUGCUUCUCUAUUCGUCCCCAGUGCUCGUCAAUUGGCGAAGUACAGUCUGCAGAAGAUUGGAUGUGGGAAGAGUACUGUCUUUGCCUACUGGGCGCACGAGAUCCAAGCGAACGUUUUCUGGAUGAUGCCAGAGUGGCUCCAGACCCGAGCUAUAGUCGACAUCGGGAAACAGGAGAAAGCAGAGGAUGAGGAGAGGAAUAGGAAGACGUCAUAG